GCUUCCUUCCUCCGUCUCUCUGGAGCAUCUCUUUCCGUGCACAUUCUAUCACUGUAUUCUGGCCAUUGUAAGCUCUGUACCUUCCAGCAUAUUCUCCGUUGCACAUUGCCGGUUUACAGGUCGUCUUUGAAGAUGAAAGGAGCGAGGAUGUCCGUGGUUUUGAGCGUGCUUCUGGCUAGUGUCUUCCUGGCUGAAGCAGCGCGGAGCAAGAAAGACACCAGCACCCAGAACAGCUUCAGAAGGGCGGCCAGCGGCUUCUACCAAACCCUCAGCAAUGUCUUCGGAGAGGAGAACAUCAGGGCUCUCUACAAGUUCUUUUCAAAGACUACAGAGAGGUUUGUUCAUGGAGUUGAUUCAUUAUUGGACACCUUGUGGAAACUCUGGGUGGAUCUGCUGGAUGUUAUGGGGAUUGACUCCUCUAACCUGACUCACUACUUCAGCCCAUCAUCCAUAUCCAGUUCUCCGGCUCGUGCUCUCCUCUUGGUGGCAGCCUUGCUGGUAGCUUACUGGUUCCUGUCCCUGUUCCUGAGCGGCUUCUUUUACAUCCUCCACGCUGUGUUUGGCCGUUUCUUUUGGCUGGCACGUGUGGCUCUUUUCGCUCUCUCGUGCCUGUACAUUCUGCAGAAGUUCGAGGGUGACCCUGAAAAGGCGGUGCUGCCGCUGUGCUUCAUCAUGGCUGUGUACUUCAUGACUGGACCGGUGGGAGCGUACUGGCGGAAAGGGGGUGGAUCUGGAACUUUAGAGGAGAAGAUUGACCACCUAGACACCCAGAUCCGCCUUCUCAACAUUCGUUUGAGCAGAGUGAUUGAAAACCUGGAAUGCUCCUGUGACCAAUAAAGGGACGGGAUUUUGCCCCAGGCUAAAACUGUGUCCUAACCAAACGCGAUGCAAUACCAUUCCAGCGAUAAGCAAUUUAUCUGUCCACACUGAACGUGAAACUGCUGUACGACAUGGCACAAUCACAGCCAAUCAGAACAUAUUUGAUGUGUAAUAUAAAGUUAUGAGAAGUGGGAUUUUGGACCAAUGGGCGAGGCUUCCCAGUGCAAUGCCCCAGAAAUAGAAACCAAGCGAUCAGCACAAUAUGUUGCUUGUGCUGUCGUGACUGGUUAGGACAAAAACUCUGAUUAACAUGGAAAAAAUAUCUUUCAUCGCUUGUCGUGUUAUUGUGUCGCAUCUGGUUAGGACAUAAUAUCAGAGCUGGAGUUUAUGGGAUUAGGUGAUAAUAAAAAAUUAUUACAAUAACUUACAAUAAAUAAAAUAAUAUUUUCGCCCCUUUUUUCUCAGGAUAUACCAACAUCAUUAAUGCCAAUAGACCUUUUAGUCAGGCAAGAAUUGUUUGUGAUUUGAUUUUGUAUGUACUUUUAAUUUGCCAGUUGAUAGACUGAAGAAAGUGUCCAUUACAAUGGCCCUAUUGUUGUAGAAUGUAUUAUUAGAGUCCACCAUCCACUGUAGCCGCCCAUUUCUAGAAGUACAUUUUAGGAAUUUUUUGUAAUCUGUGAAUCUGUGUAUAAGUAACCGUGUGUCUGCGAGUAUUUCUUGUCCUUGAUUUGAGUGUGUUAGUCCAUUGCGCAAUGUUACAGCCAUUUUCCUUUGCUUUGUUUGCUACAGACAACUGUAAGUGUGUUUAUGUGUGUGUGUAUUUAUCGGUAAUGAAGGCAAUGCUAUUGAGGAUUGAUUCAGAAACACUCCCAAGUGUGGAGGAUAGCCAGUAUCACUUAAUUUGUCUUUUAUAGAAUCACACAGUCAGAGUUCAGAACCGAUCAGCACUAUCAGGGAUAGAGAUGGAUGUGGAAAUCGUGUUCAGAAAGCAGCUUGUCAUCAAUGUACACUGGUUUCUCCAUCCAAGUUCUCAUGUGGUAAGAUAAUUAUGAACAGUAAAACCUGGUCAUGCACUUUGUUCUCAGCAUGAGCUCAUGAGUAACAUCUGGUUAGUAGAACCUAUGGAGUUGUAUCUGGUUGGUUUUUGGGUUCCUUGUUGUUUCAUCACUUGAAGUUGUGGCUAUUCUGUCAAUACACUGCUUUUGUGUGUAUUAUACCAUUUACAUAUGUAUGUGUAUAGAAUUGUAGUGUAUAUAAUUGAAGAAUUAUAUAAUGAUGCCACUACUGAUACUAUGAACUAAUUAUUAGUGCUGCUUAAUUUUUUUGUUGUUGUAGGAAAUGUAUGUGUGUGGUGCCCUGCACAAUUUGUCUAUAUGUUAAGGCCGCUAAAAUCACAAUUAUCAGUAAGGCAGCUUACUACUUGUUCUAGGUUGACAUGUUAUUUCUAAUCCAGUUUAAAUGUCCACUUUUCAGCUUUGGAAUUAUCAUGCUUUUAUAAUUACA